AUGCUCCAACUUCGCCACCACCACCACCACCACCAGGGUGGCCAUGGCGGUGGGAUACCGGAGGGCCUGCCGCCUGAUUUGCCCCUCGUCGUGUCCCUCAACUGCCUGGAGGAUACCUCGCUGGAGGCGGAAGGCCUCAGCGGGGUCGCCAUGGUGGAGCACGUCGGCCUGGGCCGGAUCGCCGAGGGGCGGAUCGAGUCCGCUGCUGCGGUUAUCGUCCAAUCCCUAGCCUUCCUCCCCCGCGCCGCACAGCGUCGCCUCCAGCCCUGGCAGCUCAUCGUCUGCCUAGGCUCUGCUGACCGUUCUGUCGACACGGCGUUGGCGGCCGAUCUUGGGCUUAGGAUGGUCCAUGUGGACGCCAACAGGGCCGAGGAGGUUGCCGACACUGUGAUGGCGCUCUUUCUUGGGCUGCUCCGCCGGACACACCUGCUGUCCCGCCACGUCUCCUCGUCCGCAGCUGCAUCCGGUUGGCUGGGGUCGAUCCAGCCCCUAUGUCGUGGUAUGAGACGGUGUAGAGGCCUCGUGCUAGGGAUUGUUGGGAGGUCUGCGUCGGCCAAGUGCUUAGCGACUCGGAGCCUUGCUUUCCGAAUGAGCGUCCUCUAUUUUGAUGUCCAGGAGGUUCUCUUCUUAUCCUUCAAUCCUUUCCAAAAUAGUUGCGGUUCUUCUGUUCUCAUUUAAUUUUUUUAACUUUUCCAGAGUUCAUUUACGGCAUUAGAAAUACUCUGUUUUUGUGGAGCGCGUGCACUGUGACGAAUAGUGUGCCUCUCUGUAUGGAGCGUUCGAAGAACGCUAAGAUUCUGUCGCUUUCAGGCGACUUUGUGUGUGCUGUUGGUUGGAAUGGGCAAAUGGAGAAAUUAGUUUGUGUAGAAGGAACGUGAUAUACAUCUAAAAGAUCUGCGAAAGUUACCUUUCAAUGGUUGACUUCAAAGCCCUUUGCCUUAUGUACAUCGGCGCCUAUGUGUUCUCUGGACUCGUAAUUGUGUGUUCUGAGAGGAGACAGCUCAUGUCGGCUUGUUUAGUUUCUUAAGAGGGGAUCGUAGAGUGAUGAAAUCAUGAAAGAUUUACUUACUCCGAAAAUGAGUCGGAAAAGAAAAAAAAACAAAGAUAACCAAGUGUCAUGUUUUGUGUAUAGUUGGUGAGAUUAAUCUAUAUUAAAUGUCACGUGUUUGCAUCUCUUAAGGAGGGCAUUUGGGUUGGCGAGGAUGUCCUUAGAUUUAGAUCUUUGACGUGAUUGUGAGGUGUAUACUGAUCAGUUGGAUACAAGCUAUGGAAUUGCAGCUCCUGUGGGGAGUCUUAUGCUCGUAGUAGACUUAUUUUUCCUCAAUUAUGUUGAUUGUUAACAGCAACGUUUGUUCAGUGACAAGUACUUGGGAUAAUCUUAUAUUUUGUUUAAUUUAUGUGGCUGAAACUGAAUACAUCUAGAAAAAUGUACCCACCAGCGAAUCUCAGUUAAUUACAUCAUGUAAGACCAACUAGAUAAAUAAUGUAUUGAUUUUUGGUUUUUACAACAGCCAUCCUAACUUGGUGGGUGAUAUUCUCAUGCACCCUAACAUCCAUCCUUGACCCACUUAUGAUAUGCAUAUAUUUUCUUUUCUUCUGCAUUUUUUGCCUUUGUAGUUUAAUUUUAUCUAUGCUAAAAAGUAUUACAGGAUCAUUGAGCUCAGUUAUAGUCAUUAUUGGGAUCCUGUUGAACACCAUCGCUACCUAUUUGUAUCAACAAUUUAGAUGUGAAGAAUAGUACUCAACUCAAUUCUUUAUAAUUUUACUCUUUCUUAGGAUUUUGAGGUACAUUUUAAUGGCAAAAGACGAGCUUAAGUUUUCCCCACCUCAAAAGGAACGUGGAUGAAGCAAACAUUAGUCUUGUGUGAGGAUAAUGUUGAGGCCCUUGCGCGUGAAGUUUUGCUUUGGAUCUACUCUAAGAAAGUUUUAAUAGCGAAAUUCACGUUUUUGUGUUAAAUGCAGCAUACUUAAGAUGCCUUGCUUUCUCCUCUAUCCCUUUUACUUGUAUCUAUGUUAUUUAACUAUUUAUUUGGUAAAAAGGGUAGCACUUAUGCACCAUUCAUGCCGUGGUUUGGACCAUUAACAUGUUUUGAUUUUAUUUUUUUAUGACCACUUCACAUAGCUUGUCAUGUUCAAUAUUUCUUGAAUGAAUUGAGUAGUUUUCAAAAUGAACCGAGCACUUGGGAUGUUAUGUAUAACUUUGUGAUGGAAUCUCAUCCUUUUAUCCCCAAUUCUGCUGACUGCUAUUAGCAUGAAACUCUUUAAUUUUUGUUAUCUAUGUUGGCUCUCUGAAUGAGAUUUAUCUCAUUCCAUGUGCUGGAUGCUGGAUUGUUGGUGGACGUUAAUGAACUUUCCGAUUUGCAUUUCAACUGAUAGCUCAAAUAAUUUAAAUACCUUUAUCCUGUAUUUUCCUCAGACGUCAGCUGUCAAAUUAUUGGUGCGAACAUCCACCUUCAAGAGAAUUUCAACUGAUAGUUCCAUAAUCCUUGUGCAAUGUUUUUGGAUCAUUACGACUCAAAAGGGACAUCUAUUAAUUAAAUAAAUGGCUUGUGAAUCAAAUUCUGAUUGCCACCGGAAUUUUUCUCAUGGUCAAACUCAUCUGCAAAUGUUUUUCUGCUUUAAUGACUUUUUAUGUAGUUAACGGGGACAAUGUAAUAAAAAAAUUCUGGCUGUACUUUAAAUAGGGAUCUUGCUUCUUUGUCUUUCCCCCAUUAAUUGUUUCAAUUUUCAUUUCUUUAAUUAAUCGGCUAUUUUUUUGAUUUUUUUUUUUCGAUCAUCUUAAUACUGGUUGAGGAAAAUGAAAAUCAACCCUGUCAUAGUAAUGAAGAAUCUUAAAUGUUUGUGCCAUUACAAGUUUUACCUAAUAAUUUCAGGGAUCAUGUAAAUAACUGUGGUAAAUGAACAUCUUAUAAUACCUGCACGUAAUACGGUCAAAAGUGAUCUACUGAUUGGAUUAUUUUUGCUUUCGACUUUUAUUCCUAGGGAAAUGAAAAUUCAGGAAGGCCGUUAAGCUUAUUUCCUCGUGCUGCAAGAAGAAUGGAUACACUGAAUGAUCUACUUGCUGCUAGUGACCUGGUAUCGCUACACUGUGCUUUAACAGACGAAACAAUUCAGAUCAUCAAUGAGGAGUGCCUGCAGCAUAUCAAACCUGGUAAUCUUAUUAGAUGGUAUCAAUGUUCAUUUCUUCGGAAGGCAGUUUUGUCUCUUAAGUUCUACUGAAUAUUGCAAUCUUAUCGGCCAGAAGUAUGUCUUUUAAAAUUGUAAUGAUGAUCGCUGCCUUUUCUACAGGUGCAUUCAUUGUGAACACAGGCAGCAGCCAAUUAAUAGAUGAUUGUGCUCUAAAGCAGCUUUUGAUUGAUGGGACUGUUGCUGGUUGUGCUUUGGAUGGUGCAGAAGGUCCUCAAUGGAUGGAAGCAUGGGUAUGAGCAUUAGCUUUAGGGUAUGCAUUGUAGUCUUGGUGGUGUGUGUAGACUAUGUAGAUAACUUUUUUAAGAUUUUUUUAUUUUGGGAAACGUUUUUGCUUGCCUCAUAGUCUAAUUCAGCAUCAUCAUACACUUAUUUGUACAUCAGUUAUAGAUUAGGCCUGGUGGUGAAAUUAGUUAUUGGGUGAUAUUUGUGCAAAAUGAAUAUAUUGAAGGGAUAUAUCGUUUAUUUAGGACAUAAAUUAGUUAUUGGGAUGAAUUAGGUUUUGAUUUAUAUACAUUGGAUGAUGUCUUCUGUCCUUAUCUAUCGAGAACGAACUGCCCUUCCAUGUGCUAUGGGUGUCCAGAUGUUCUAAUUCCUCCGUACCUAGUUCAAUGUCCCUAGUUCAACGUCCAUUUGUGGCGUUUUAAGUGGGAAGGUGGUUUCUGGCUCAAGCAUCUGCAAUUAGCUGAUGAUACUGUUCUGUACUGUUCUGUUUAAAGAGGACGAUGAGGCUAAGGGACCAAGUAUCACUGAAUUAGAGAUUGAUUUCCGAAGUUGUCAACAAGGGCACCGCUAGACAGAUCUAAUACCUUGAUAAGUAAAUGAAGGGAUUGAAGAUUGUAGUAGUUGCAUCUGGUAGUUGAUGCGUUCCUUGAAAGUUUGCACUUUCUAAGUUGGCAACCCACAUCUUAUUCUUGUAUUACGAUUCCAAGUCCGAUAAGAGACAAAAUCAAGGCUUUGGAGGUUCACUAGCCUGAAACUGAGCAAGGUACAGAACUAUACCUUUACAUAUACACACAGACAGGGAGAGAGAGAGAGAGAGAGAGAGAGAGAGAGAGAGAGAGAGAGAGAGAGAGAGAGAGAGAGAGAGAGAGAGAGAGAGAGAGAGAGAGAGAGAUGAAGGAUAAAUGUUGAAGAGAAAGUGAAGAAAGAGAAAUGAGAAGCAAGGAAGACAGCAAGAGAAAAGCAGAGAGAAGAAUGCACUGAGGAAAAUAUUCCAAGUAUAUUAAUUGGCACUCUAAUAAUAUACUUUGAAUAUUAUUACAAUGCUAUCAUCCUUGACCAACCUCCAGGCCUUUGCCUCUGGCUCUCACACAUAUCAUCCCAUUUACUAGAUCAAACUUUUACCCCCUUUGUCAUUAUCUCUGAGUGUAAUCUUCUCUUUCCCUGUCCACAUUUCCAUCCCCCUUCCCGCCGCCCUGACCUGACAAGUGGGAAGAGUUGGAUUGUCAGUUCUUGCAAUCCCAGAUGGGAUGUAGUGAUCGUUAGAGGGGGAGCUCUCUUUCUCCCUUUUCCAUUGAAAGGAGAUAUGAAACCUAAUGUGAUCUUUUGCUCGCUACUAUCCUAAGUUUUCUCCUUUGACAAGUGGCAUCGUGAUCAGUAGUAACAUAACUGGGACCCAUCUCUCCAUCAUCUCUCUCUCUCUCUCUCUCCCCCGCAGCUGGAGAAUUGUGCUUGAUUAUUUUUUCUCAAUUUUUGCUCUUAUUUUAUGCAAAACUCUUGAGAUAAUAUAAUUAACAUAUUUACACGCUUUUCGUUUUAUUUACCUUUUAUUCUCCAGCGUUUUUUUAAUGCCACUGUCAUUCUCAGUUGUUAAUUUGCCAAGCUGUUCUUAUUCAGAAUCCUUGUUAGUGACUACAAUUCUUUCUCUUGGAAGUGAUGGAUUAGAUGCUCUUUUCUCAACUAGAGAUGUUUGAAGAAACAAAGAUACUCUCGUUUAAUCCAUUGGGUAUACUUUGAUUGUGUCUCUAACGAUUUCACUUGUUUCUAUCUCUUUACAAGCUUUUUGUUCUUGUUCAUCUUGUUGAAUUUUUUUUCUCGUGCUGUAGUUUUCUCAUAUUUAUCAGCACAACUUCCCUGCUUAUUCGCACAUCUCUCUCCCCCCCUCUCUCCAUCCCUCCUCUUUCUCGCUCUGUCUGUAUGCAUGCAUAUAUUUUCUAUUUACAUGCAUUACUCCUUUGUCAUGGCCGAUUUCAGGUAAGGGAGAUGCCAAAUGUAUUGAUUCUUCCUCGAAGCGCCGACUACAGCGAAGAGGUUUGGAUGGAAAUUCGGGAGAAGGCUAUUUCCACACUACAUUCUUUCUUCCAUGAUGGGAUCGUCCCUAAGGACGCUGUCUCUGAUGAGGACGACGAAAAGAGUGAAGCCAUGUACAGUGAGAACGAUUCCGAAAGACGGGUGAGGACCACUUACUUGCAGGCCGAUGAACCAGAACAGCAGACUGAUGCAAUCCUGUUAGAACCUGAGUACACCGCUCAUCAGUUGAAAGAUUCAGUUGCUCUGUCUCAGCAUUCCACCAUCUCUGAAAGCUCUCGCCCUCAGCCGUCAGAAGGUAGGCGCGGCAGGUCGGGCAAGAAGGGCAAGAAGAGACCUGCUCGCCGUAGAUCUCAACGCAAGUCGGAUGAAUUCUCCGCCGCAGGCGACAGUAACUCCACCUUACAGCGUGACCAGGACACUGCUAUAAGUGGUAGCAGAGAUCAAGCUCAGAGCUCCAGCUCUCGGUUCGCCUCCCCAGAGGAUGCUAGAAAUAAGCAAAUCUGCCUUGCCGAUCAGGGCUCGGAGUCAACUCCUGUGAAACAUCUCACGAAGAGCUCCGGCCCUGCUAAGAGUUCCGUCGACGAUCUCAAGGAAGGAUACGUCGUAGUGCUGCACCCAAAGGACAAACCUGGGCUCCAUGCGUCCAGGCAGAGGGCUCCUGGCGGUGGUUGGUUCCUGGAGGUUAUGACUAAUGUCACAAGGAGGGAUCCGGCUGCGCAGUUUCUCAUCACGUUUACAAGCAAGGUCUGGUCUUCUGCUAUCUUCUCCUCUGAUCAACAGCUGAUUGCCAGGCUCAUAUUCUAAAGCAUUCUCUCUCCUUUUUUUUUUUUUUUUGAAUUUAUCCUCAGGGUGCAGUGGGACUGGGUUCCUUCAGCGCUGGUGGAAAACUACUGCAGGUAUAAAAAGUUGAACUAAUUUCCUCGAUAUGUCCUUCUGCGUUGGCAUUCAUAGUUAUUUGACUUAUUUCAAUGAAUAUGAUAAGGUGGAAAUUAGGGGAUAUAGCCGCUUCUAAUCAUAGAACCCACCCAGCAGCAGAUGCCUUUGAUCUGUUAACUCGUGUGGUUCCCUUUUGAGCAACAGACGAACAGGAAGACGGAGAUGGUCUUCGCCGGCCACAGCCUCGAUGGGUGGGCGAGUUGGAUUCUAGACGGCUCGAUCCUCGAAGACUGUAAACUCGUCAACAUUAUGAACCCCCUGGUCAGCUCUCCUCGCCGAUAAUUAUUUUUUGUAUCGUCGAUUACUUGGUUAUAAUUAAUCGAGCUUCAAGAAUCAUAGGGUCUUGUGUGUGUGUGUGUGUUUAGGCUGCGUUGGACGUUUGGAUGGAGAUUGUGGCCGUGGUUGACGAGGAUGGAGUCACCAGAUGGCUGGGCUAA